AUGACUCGAUUGUUGAAGUUUGGCGCAAAGGCAAGAGGAGGAAGAGUUGCAGCCAGGACCUCGCUGUACCUGAUCGCCUCCACUGGUUUCGUCACGCUCACUUACCAAACUCUCAACCCUGAAAACUCCCACAAUAGUCACACACUAAAUUUCCCUUUCAACUUAUUAAACGGCGUCGUUCGGUCUUCUCGCGCCCUCUUCACUAUUACUUCGUGUGUUGUCGAUUACAAGUAUUCGUUACACGGGCUAUCGGUGGAUUCCAAUGAGUAUGGGCUUACAUUGUCCGAGAUCCAUCUACGGUCAGCAAAGAGGAUACUGAAAUUGUGCCAUUCCAACAAAGGUCUCUAUGUCAAAGCUGGUCAGUUUGUUGCAGCCAUGCGUCAAGUUCCGAAAGAGUACUCGUCAACCAUGUCAUCUUUACAGGAUCAGGCAGUUCCUUGUGAUUUCAAAGCCAUCAAAGAUGUUAUAUUCAGAAGUUUGGGGAAGGAUUUAUCAGAGAUAUUCAUCUCAUUCGAUGAGCAACCAGUUGCCGCCGCUUCCAUUGCUCAAGUACACCAUGCUUUAUUGAAAGACGAUCAGGAAGUGGCAGUCAAGGUGCAAUAUCCAGGAUUAGAUUAUCAGAUGAAAUUUGACAUUGCAACCAUGGAUUUCCUCUCCAAAUCAGUUGCAUGGUUUUUUCCUGAAUAUAGGUUCAAUUGGAUGGUGUCAGAAUUUGCAAAAUCUAUUGCUUCUGAACUUGAUUUCAUUCAAGAAGCUAAUAACUCAGAAAGAACUGCCCAAAAUUUCAAGAACCACAGUGUGCUCAGGAUCCCUCGCGUUUUCUGGGAUUUCACAAGCAGCCAGGUUUUGACUAUGCAAUUUUGUGAAGGACAGAAGGUUGAUGAUUUGGAUUAUCUAAGGCGAAUGGGAAUUAGUCCACUUGAGGUGGCAAAAGCCCUAGUGGAAGUCUUUGCUGAGAUGAUAUUUGUCUAUGGUUACGUGCACGGGGAUCCACAUCCUGGUAAUAUAUUUGUUUCUCCAGAGGGACCGGGUGGCUUUUCUUUAGUUCUUCUAGAUCAUGGGAUCUAUAGACAGCUGGAUGAAGGUUUCAGACAGUCCUAUUGCCAACUCUGGAAGGCCAUGGUUCUAAUGGAUUCGAAAAAAAUACAGCAACUGGGUGAAAACUUUGGUGUUGGGAAGUACUCUAGAUACUUCCCUGUCAUAUUCACAGGAAGAACAGUUAACAGUAAAUCUGCACUUGGGAGAGGAAUGUCACCUGAAGAGAGAAAAUAUCUCAAGCAGGAAUUAAAGUCUCUAAAAAUGGAGGACAUAUCUUCGUUUAUGGAGUCAUUGCCACCUGACUUUCUUACAGUAUUACGAACUGAUGGACUGCUAAGGUCUUUGGUCAGCAAGUUGGAAGCUCCUCUACGAGUACGGCUAAUGGCUUAUGCUAAAUGUGCAUUACGUGGCCUCUAUUCACGGGCAAGUUCUGAAUCAGAUUCUGUUGUAAUUGUUGCGCUCUCCAGAUUUGAGAUGGGCAUCAAAUACAUACAAUUGAGGCUGCUGCUUGAAAUAAUGGACUUGGUUUCUUAUAUGGAUAGCGUGAGACGCUCUUUGAAAACAAGGGAAACUGCAGGUUAUAAUACAAUAAACAUGAAUGCUGUAAAGAAGGCUAAUGAAUUGACUGAACUAUUAAUAGAUAUAUUUUCAGCUCUUGUGCCACCUUCUCAACACCGUGUUCAAGAUUCAAGCGCAUUACAGUCCUUUUUCACGGUCUGCUUCUGCUUUGCUCUAAGAGUGUCUGAUAACCCAUUUUCUCCUUGGAGCUAUUCCCAGAUCUAA